AUGAUUUUGCGGGGCCACCAGCACGCAGCACGCAGCGUGCACGUGCACACGGUCAUCCCUGCCUGCCCGCUGCCGAGGGGCACGAUGUAUGAAUGGGAAAAGGCCGCCAGCAUGGGCCUCACGACGACCGCAACGGCCACGAGCAGCGGCAGCAGCUCGCACCAUCCGGAAUCGGCGGCGGCGGCUUCACCUUGGGCGGCAAGGGAUGGCCGACAGCGGCACCCUCCACCACUUGCGGCUGGCAGCAGGAACGGUUUUAGACAGAGCAGUAGCAGUAGUGUCGAAGCAGAAGCAUCUCCCGCACCUUCUUCAACGGACCAACGAAGUGUUGGUAUCCGGAGCAGUAGCGGGACAUCCAGCGGCGGCGGCGGCGGUGGCGACAGCACCAACGGUGACAGCCGAGAAAAGAGCAUAGAUGGCGAUUUGAUAGGCGACGAGACUGCCGCACUGGCGGCAAGGCCAAGAGAAGGUUCCGGCGUAACGGCGGCGGCGGCGAAGGAGAAUUUGUCACCUCCGUUGCCGGUGGCAGCUCCGUCGGAGGGUGUGGUGAUCAGGGUACUCAUCUCUGGGGCGCACGCGUCUUUCCUGCACAUGAGGGUGUUCCCUUCGACGACUGCUGGGCAGGUUUGCCGCAAGAUCGGAGAGAAGCUCCGGCAGUUGCCAGCUGAGCAGAACGAGUACGUCCUUAUCGCCAUCUACGCCCGCCCAGCGAGGAACGUGUCGUCUUUGAGCGACACGGGCGGCGGGAGCACUGGACCUGGCCACAGACAUUCAGCGGGGGUUGCUGACCGCGGCGCGACGGUGGGGGGCGACGAGGUUGACAACUACUCUGCAGGCUACACCGCUGGUGGUGGUAGGGACGAGCGUGAGCGGCGGCACGAUGGGAGGAGAAGGAGGAGAGGGGAAGAAGAGCACCAAAGCAGCAUUAGACAUAUCCUCCAUACCUUUCGGUCGGAAGAGCGCCUUGGGGAGGUGCGAUUGGGCCUUCCCGAGCCAAAUAGUGCGGGGAGGCCGCAAAAUCCAGCAAACAGCCACGAUCGCGGCGCCAGAGGCGAUACUGAUGGCCCAGACCGAGGUAGGACCGACAGCUUUUCGACGAGGACGACGGCUGCCAGCCCCGCUGCCGGCGGUGCUGCUGAUAUCGACGCUGCCCUCCGGGCGCAAGGAACAAUCGACAACGGCGGCGGCGGCGUCAGGCGUGUGGACGAGGAGGAGACGGCGGGAAAGCUUGGGGUUUCGCGCGGCAAUGGAGGCAUCCGGCGGGGGGAGGGGGGAGAGGAGGGUGGCGGAGCGGGUGCCCGCAGUGGCAGGGCGGCGCAAGCUGGUUUGAUGUGGAGAUCGCGCUGGAUUUACAGAGAGCGGACAGCGCCGGCGCUCGACCCCGAUGAGCUUCAGGUGGAGGUGUCGGGUUCAGACACCUCGGAGGACGAGAGAAGGGCCGGCUGGAUAGACCUGCGGGGACUCGGACAGGGGCACUACUGCGGGUACCUCCAGAAGAAGAGCAGGAGUGACCCCAACCUGUGGCGACGACGAUGGUGCAUUCUGGCGGAUGACCGGUUGUGGCUCCUCCGCAGCAAGAGCGAGCAGUCGGGAAGGCGGAGGGGGGGCGGGCGCAGCCACAGCUUCUCCUUGGCCCUGGCGCCCAGCCACUGCUUCGAGCUGCACUCGCAGAACCGGGUCCACACGUUUCGAGCGGAGAGCCGAGCGAAGCAAGUGGCGUGGGUCGGCACGUUGCAGCGGCACGCAAGGCAGGCUGCAGAGGACUCGUACAUGUCCGUGGCAGAGCACAUGGUGUGCGAUGAGGAGUACGCGAGGUGCCGUCGACUGAACGUGACCCUUUCCUCCGCGCUGGGAAGCCGAGCGUGCGACACCCUGGAAGCCGACUUCUACUCCUCCCACGCUGCCGACAGGCCGGUGGCUGGGAGAGGCAGCAGCGGCGGCGGCGGCAGCGUGGGGGGUGGUUGGUUGCCCCUGCCGCCCCCGUCCCCGCUGCCGAGGACGUCGGGACUGUUCCGAAGACUGCCGCAGGGGCCACCGCCGACGACUUAUUCCGCGAGUGCUGCUGCCUCUGCGGUAAGAGCCACUCCUGGCCUCGUUUCUGGUUGCCGGUCACCGCUACUACCGCCGCCACUACCACCGCCUCCGCCACCGUUGGUGAGGUUAGCGGAUGGGGGAGCAACGGAAUCUUCAGCCCGUGGGGCGGCAGGAGGGGGGGCGACGGUCGAUUCCGCGGAGCGCCCGUGGCUGGCGGCCUCGGAGGUCAGGCGAGCGAUGCGCUUCUGUAUGAAGGUGCAUAGGUAUAGGGAGAUCUGCCGACCUGGAUCAUGCGUGGCAUUUCGAAAGAGGUGGGCGUACGCAGCCGAUGCCUUGGAAGAGCUCUGUCCAGGGGCGUCCACCGCGGCCGCCGCCGACCUCUCGCGUCACUGGAAUCCCCCUUCGCCGCUGGUGGCGGUAGAGGCGGUGUCACUGCCGGCCUUGAGAGCAAGCGGGGAGAGCGCGGCGGACGGCGGGCCUCAUGAGCGGGACGAGAGCGGCAUCGAGGCCGCGGGAUCGCGUUCGGGGGUUGAUGCUGCAGCGGCGGCGACUGCCAACGAGAACCGGGACGAAAAAAAACCAUCUGGCAAACGAUCCGAGGCACCGGCGACGUCGCCGCGGGAAGACGUGGUGGCGAGAGGGCCGUCGUCGACUAGCGCAGCUACAAGCGGCGAAGCCUGUUCGGCUUCCCUCCGAACCUCGACCGUUCUCGCUUCGCCAAGGGAAGCUGACGGGGAGGGCAGACCAACCACCCUGUCUGGGUUGUCGCCUCCACCGAUGGCGGCAGCCGUGUCCGCAUCCAUCCUCCCGAUGGCAGAGGCCGUAGCGUUGCCCACCGGCGACCGACCAUCGCCUGCCCUGCUGACGGCGGCGGCGGCGGCGGCGGCAACAACAACAUCGGCGACAGAGCUCGUCCCACGGCCAUCGCGGUCCUCAACGCACCAGCAUGCUCUGUCGCUGGCCGCCGCCUGCUCGCAGGAAACCGUGGUCGGGGUGGCCCGCGACCUGCGGGAGUACGUGGAGGCCGUUACCAGGUCGCGUGCUUCGCGAGCGGCGAAAGGGGGCGGUGGCGGCGGCGGCGGCGGCGGCGGCAAGGGCGCUGGUCCCGGCGGCGCGCUAGGAGCGGGGGCGGGGGCAGCGGGGGAGAACAGCUUGCAGGAGCCCCCGGCGGAAGGUCUGUUCGACGCCCUCCUGGACCAGGUCUUGCAAGCCCUGGGGGAUGCAUAG